AUGAAAUUUUUCUUAAAACGGACAACUUUUCUGCUCACUUAUGUACUAAUGAUGUCAGUUUAUGGUUCAAAAGAACUAAUUCAAGAAAACAACAUUAUCAAAUCAAAACUAUUUUGCGAAAUUUUGAAUGGGAUAGAUGAAUUUAUAUAAAUAAUAAAAUUGGAGAAUGACAUGUUUGGUAUUAAAACAUCAGACUCCACCUUUUAAAUAUCAUUCAAUUCAACAAAUUAAAUAUAAAAUUACAAAGACUUGUUUAUAAUUUAAACUCAAAAAGAAUUCGAUGUAAAAUGAAAAUUAUACUUUAGAUUAAUGUGUAUUUUAAAUUUGCUGAUUAUUAGAUAAAGAGCAAUUAUAUUGAUGGGCUUUUAUAUAAACAAGUCAAAUUUAUUAUAGAUGAUGAAAACCAAAUUUAUUUUAAUAUAAUUACGUUUUCUCAAACUUAAUUCAAAGAAUUCACGAUAAAGGAUUCUGAUAAAAUUAGUUUAAAAUAAAAAUCUGAUAAUCCUGAAUCUAUUUUUCUAUAAAUGAUAUUUUUCACUCAAUAAAACGUAGAAACAUAAAUAAAUAAUAUUAUUCCAAAUUUCAAUUAAUUGAAUAGAAUUUGUGAAAUUAAUAAAGAUAGAACUGAUUUAUAGAUACAAAAAUUUAUCUAAUAAAUGGAUAUUCUCUAAAUUAAUCCAAAAAAUAUUUUAAAAGGUAAAAUUGUUAAUAAUCUUAGCCUAGUUUUCCAAGAAUAAGUUCCUUUAAGAUUUUAACUUAUUAAAUAAUAUAUUUUAUACUGUUGUUUUAAGCGAGUAUGAAAUUCUUUAAAAAAUACAAACUAAUUCCUGUGAUGUAAUUAUGCAAAAUUAAAUUCUAAUCAAUAAUUCUACUUAUUUAUGGCAUCAGGAAUUUUGUAACAAUUCGCAAAGUUACAUUUAUAUUAUUCAAACUCAAAAAUGUACAAUUUCUAAUUAAAACUAAGUUAGGUUAAGACAUUAGAAAAUGGCAAAAUUAUAUUUUCUCUAUUGAAUCCAAGAAAUAAUAUCAACCUGAGCUGCUUAUUAAACAAUUUACAGUUAUGAUUUAAAAAUCAAAUUGUAAAUCCUUGGAGAAGUUCAAAAAGUUAUUAUAAAUCAAUGGUAUUCUUUUACAAUAAGAUUCAAUUGAAUCAGAAUCCACUUAUUCUAAAUAUUAAGCUUCUAUAAACACUAAUCAAGUCUCCGUAGAUGAAGAUUUGAUCAUAAAACCAAUUUAAAAUUUUAACAUUAAAGAUAAUACUGAGGAUAGAUCUAAUUAAACUCCAACUUUUUAAUUAUAUCAUAAUUUAGAUUAAAAACCUAUAUAUAAAACAUUAAAUGGAGUUUAUAUUCCUUAAGAUCCUGAAAUUUUUCUAAGAAGCGAAGAUGAAUAAAAUUCAAAGGAAAUAGUGAACGAUUAAUAUGAAGAAACAUUAAAUUAAUAGAAUGAUUAAAAGAAAGAUCAAUAAUAAAGUUUAUUGUAAAGAGAAGAUGAGAAUUAGUAGAAUAUUGAUUUUAUUGUUUAUGAAGAUCCAAUUAGUUGGGUAAAUUAAGAUAGUUAAGAUGUAGAAGUCUUUUAAUUUAAUGAGGAUUAGUAAAAUAUUAGCAGUAAAACAUAAAUCUAAAGCAACUAAAAUAAUGAUUAAACUCAAUCAAUUUUAUAAAGCAAUAAUAGUAAUAAUUAAGAAAAAUAAAAUUAAAUACUAUAACUACAAGAUACUUCUAAAUUAAACUUAAAUAAUUAAUAAGAUGGUAUGAUCAUUGAAUAAUAGGCAAAAGUUGAAGAGAUUAUUUUGGACUAUCAAGAUAAUUCACAGACCAAAAACAUUUAAAAUGAUUAAAGUAAAUAUUAAUAAAAUACUUAAAGUAUGAAUAGCCAAUAAUAAUAAUAAUAAUAGUAAUAAUAAUAAUAAUAAUAAUAAUAAUAAUAAUAAUAAUAAUAAUAAUAAUAAUAAUAAUAAUAAUAAUAAUAAUAAUAAUAAUAAUAAUAAUAAUAAUAAUAAUAAUAAUAAUAAUAAUAAUAAUAAUAAUAAUAAUAAUAAUAAUAAUAAUAAUAAUAAUAAUAAUAAUAAUAAUAAUAAUAAUAAUAAUAAUAAUAAUAAUAAUAAUAAUAAUAAUAAUAAUAAUAAUAAUAAUAAUAAUAAUAAUAAUAAUAAUAAUAAUAAUAAUAAUAAUAAUAAUAAUAAUAAUAAUAAUAAUAAUAAUAAUAAUAAUAAUAAUAAUAAUAAUAAUAAUAAUAAUAAUAAUAAUAAUAAUAAUAAUAAUAAUAAUAAUAAUAAUAAUAAUAAUAAUAAUAAUAAUAAUAAUAAUAAUAAUAAUAAUAAUAAUAAUAAUAAUAAUAAUAAUAAUAAUAAUAAUAAUAAUAAUAAUAAUAAUAAUAAUAAUAAUAAUAAUAAUAAUAAUAAUAAUAAUAAUAAUAAUAAUAAUAAUAAUAAUAAUAAUAAUAAUAAUAAUAAUAAUAAUAAUAAUAAUAAUAACAAUAACAAUAACAAUAACAAUAAUAACAAUAACAAUAACAAUAAGAAUAAUAAGAAUAAGAAUAAUAUUAAUAAUAAUAAUAGUAAUAAUAACAGUAAUAAUAAUAAUAAUAAUAAUAAUAAUAAUAAUAACAAUAAUAUUAGUAUUAAUAAUAAUAAUAAUAAUAAAAAUAACAGUAUUAUUAAUAAUAAUAAUAGUAAUAAUAAUAAUAAGAGUAAUUUUCACCUUAAAAUAAUCAAUAAGAUACUAAUCUACAUUAAGAAUCUAAAGUACAAGAGAAUAUAAAAGAUGAAAAUUAAUUUUAUUAAAGUCAUAAAAAAUAAUUUGAAUAACCUGAUGAUUAUUAUGACUAUGAUUAUUAUACAUCAUUGUAUAGUGAUUACGAUAGUGAUUAUGAUUAUCAUCCCAGAAGAUAUUUAAGUCAUCAUCAUAGAGCACCUUAAUUAAAACAUUUUCAUCAUCACCAUCAUUAGAUAUCUAGAGAUGAGAGGGAAUACAAUGAUAUAAAUAAAAAUUUAAAUGGAUAGGGCUAUUCAGGUUAGAAAUUUAAUUUAAGAGGAAAAAAAAGAAAUUAGCAAAGCGAUAAUACAAUCCCAAUUAUUGCCGAAAGAAUCAUAAUUGAAUAUAAUUUUGUCAAUGCAAAAGAAGAAGAAAUAAAACUUAAUGGAGAUGAAGAGGUAGAUAAAUCUUAAAACGAGAGAGAAGAAGAAGAUCAAAAAAAAGAUAAGCCUAAUUAAGAAAAAAAAUAAAAAACUAAUAAAAGUAAAAGUACUUAAGAAGUAGAAGAUGAACCCAAAGAAUAACAAUAAGAUGAGAAUAAGGAAGAAAAGGAUAAAUAAAAAAAGAAUAAAUCUUAAAAUAAUGUUUAGAGUAAUUCAUAAAAUAAAAGUUAAAACAAAAAUAAGGUGGAUCCGAAAGGCAAGUCUUAAGACAAAACUUAACCAAAGGCUUAAGACAAAGCUUAACCUAAGGCUUAAGACAAAGCCUAACCUCAGGCUUAAGACAAAACUUAACCAAAAGCUUAAGAUAAGGAGAAAGAGAAGGAAAAGGAGAAAUAGAAAAAUAAAGAAUAACCUAAAGCUAAUGCUAAUGCUAAAAAACCAAAGCCAAAAAUUGAUUAAGAAGGUUAAGAUAAAGAGAAAGAAUAAGAAUAAGAGUAGGAAUAAGAGUAAGAGUAGGAAUAAGAGUAAGAGUAAGAAUAAGAGUAGGAAUAAGAAUAAGAGUAGGAAUAAGAAUAAGAAUAAGAAUAAGAGUAGGAAUAGGAAUAAGAGUAAGAGUAAGAAAAUGAAGAUGAAAAAGAACAAGAUUAGGAUCAAGAAAAUGAAGAUGAAAAAGAACAAGAUUAAGAAAAUGAAGAUGAAAAAGAUUAAGAAAAUGAAGAUGAAAAAGAAAACGAAGACGAGAAAGGAGAAGAGAUGGAUGAAGAUGAUUAAUGGAGAGGGUUCAGUUCAAAAGAUAAGAAAAAAAAAAAGGGUAAAAGUAAAGGCAAUGGAAAUAAAGAGGAUGAAGAGGAAGAUGAUGAAGAUUUGUAUGAUGGAGAUGGAAGAUACAUAAAAAAUCAUCCGUAUUAUCACCAUAGAAAGAAUAAAAAAUCGCAUUACCCUUAUAAUUAUCCAGGUAGAUAUCCGGGGGAUGAAGUAUUUGAUGAGGAUUUAAUUUGGAGAUAUCGAUGCAUGAAUAAACAAAGCAGAAAUUAAAAUUUUGGAAAUCCCUUUAAUGGAUAUCCUAAUAGGCAUCGUUAAGUUGUCAAUAAAAGCCCAUUUUAUAAUGGUAAUCCAUAUUUAAGACUUAAUCCAUAUACUAAAUAAAGUUCGAGUUCAAGUUGUGUUCCUUGGAUGGUUCGAUAAAAUUAGCCUCCAAAUUCAGGGUAUGGGAGAUACUCAAAUUUAUAUAGAGGAAAAUAUUAGGAUCCAGAUUAUGAAUUAAGAGAAGUGUGGCUUAGAUAGCAAUAGUAAUAGCAUUCAAAGCAAUAAGUUUAGAGAUAUAGAGAUUAAGUUGGUUAUUUUAAUUGCUAUGGUUAUGAUGACAUGAGACCAAAUUAUUAUGAUGCUAUAUACGGAAUAAAUGAAGAUGAUCCUCGUUAUUAAGUAUAUAAUAGGAAUAUUAAUGAUCCAAAUUUUUAUAGUCCUUUUGAUGAAACAGUUCAUAAUGGUCACAAUUAUGUAAGGGAGAAGCAUUUUAAUGCUAAAUAGGUGUCAAAACCAUUGAAUCAUAGGAUGGUUUAAAAGAAUGUUGAUUUUGAAUAGCAAGAGAAUAAUAGUUGCUUAUAAGUGUUUGACUAGUGCUAUUUUAAAGGAAGAAGUGUAAACUUAUGUGGAGAAUACCCAGUAAUACCAGAGGGUUUAAAUAGAUUCAAAAUAUUUUCCUAUAUUGUGCCUGAAAACCUUGAAAUUAGAUUUACAUAAUCAGAUUAGAAUGAUGGUAAAAUCUAUUUUAUAUAAGUAGAUAAUGUAUAAGAUAUUUCUGGUUCUGUAGAAUGCUUGCAAACACCUUAUGAAUUGAUACCAUAAUUAUAAUGA